AUGAGCCCCAAAUAUUAUAAUAAGCCUAAGGGUUCACCAAGAAAGGAUGAGAUGUUAGGCAAUCAUUUAGUGGGCCCGGUGAAGGAUCAAUAUAAGGAUUCCCCUAGCAAGAAAAGGAUGAGGGUUUACAUGGUCGAUGCUGAUGAAAAAACAAAACAAGGGGAAUGGGUUAGUGGUAGAAAUAUGAGAUUUGAAGCCUACACGAAGAAAGAACACAUUCAUCGGUUUUCCUUGAGAGAUGAGGGAAAAUACUGGUCUUCUAAAUUUGCAUUUCAAAAGCCAAACGCAAUAACAAAACUGCAUUGGGUCAUAUCUAAAUUAUGCAAUGAAUGUUGUGGCAAUGGCCUCUAUUAUACAAGAUUAUGGUGA